GUGCAAUGCCUACGACGGGCAGCAGGAGUUUUGGAUUGUCACAAAGGAGACAGCUGAACGCACUGAAGAGACCAGCUUUGAGGCAGAUUCUGACCCUACGUGCCAGUUUGAGAACAAGUUCGCACACUUGGGAGACUUAGAUACCCGAGAUGCCAGGGAGAAGCAAGUUCGCUUGGAGGAUCCAAAGCAUGACAAGUACGCUCAGACCAGAGAAGCCCUGAAGAAAGUCUUGGAUUCAGUCAUGUCGAAGUCGGGCAAACUUCGAUCACUGGCCCGGGAUCUUUCUAGAAAUUACACUGAUGAUGCGGCCAAGUCGUGCAUUUCUACCUUGGAGUCCGAGAUCAAGAAGAUCGAUGCCGAAUAUGACAAAUGCAAUGAGACAUGGGCACAGGGAGAAAUGGACCAGUUUCGAUCGGAUAAGUUUUACACCAUGGCUGAAAAGGCCAUGAAGGAUGCAACUUUCGUGCCAGGGUCCAAAACUGGAUUUCACAUCAAGUGUAGCAAGGCCACGGCGAUCGAGCUCAAAGUCAGGAACGCCAAGAAGUACUACUCCAAGAGCAGCUCUCAGAGCAGCCCCAAGAAUACGGAGGGAACUGUGAAGGCAAAGGUAACAAAGGGAAAUGCUGUGAAGCCGAAAGGUCAAACUGCUGGCAAAGCACUGCGCGGCCUCAAUGAAGAUAUCGGCAAUGGAAAAAAAUGUGUGGAUGAUCAGCUCUUGCAACCAGUGAAACAUGACUUGCAACCAGUGAAAAAACGACGAACCGAUUUGGAGAAAUGGUCCGAUGUUUUCUAUUCCCAUUCCAAGCUUACCCCACAGCUCCUCCAACUCCAAAAAGAUGCUGAAAGCCAAGUGCCCGGGCGCAUCUCCUUCCAGCUACCUGAGAUCGGAGCAGUGGCUGGCAAAGCUCUGCUUCAUGCGAUGGCUGUCUUGGAUAGACUAUUUGCUUCCUGGUAUGCCUGGCUGCAGAAACGUCAGAGCCGGAGGGGACACCACGAUCCCGGGCCAAUCGACCUUGGACGGGCAGCUGCUUCCUGUGCAGCGGCUAUUCGCACUGCCAAGAACUUUGUUGAGGAUCUUGGUGAACAGGCUGUGUCCCGUUCUGCUGGCAUUGCCCAAUUAGCGCGGCGGUCCGAAAAAAAUGGUGAAAGAGAUUGCCGAAGGAUCAUGGUAAAUCAGUUUGGUCUCACCUUACAAAUUGAAAAGGCUCAGCUACCUGGAAGAAAUGGCAACACUGUUCCAGUUCUCAGUCUGAGAUCUUGGUUUAGCUUUCUGCUGAAGCAAAACCAUUGGCACAUUUUGUGCGGCCUUUACCGUCCAGAUUGGGUCCGGGAAGAGGCGAUCCUUCAGUCUUUUUGGGAUCAUUACCGGGUCCACUGCCCGCAGCAUGAAAUUUUUGAAAAGGAGAGGCGUGGCGAGGUCGUGCUCCGUAGGUGCGCGCCUCUCCUGUUGCAUGGAGAUGAAGGACGUGGGCGGCGACAUAGUGCCUUCCUGGUAGUUAGUUGUGCCAGUGUUCUGGGACGGGGGUUGCAGGAGCAUGCCCGGAAGGGCAAACGAGAGUAUCUGAGAAUGUUGCCCAAUUACAAGGGCCAUACUUACACCUCCAGGUUCCUUAUUGCUGCUCUUCCCAAGCAUUCAUAUACGAAUUCCAAUGCUGAAGUUUUUGACCAGCUCAUGAGCUUUGCAAGUGAUGAAUUUUCUCACCUAGUCACUGAAGGUGUCACCCAUGAAUGCCGUGGCCAAUUCUGGGGAUGCCUUUUGCAAGUGACCGGCGAUUGGCCAUGGCUGGUCAAGAGUGGCAACCUCACAAGAAGCUUUUGGAACGCAGAAAAGCACAAGGAAACUGCCGGAAAGAAAAGGAAAACUCCUGUUGGAGUUUGCCAUCUUUGCUGUGCGGGACAACCCAUGUAUGAUUUUGAGGAAAUUGGAAGCAGGUCUCCGAAAUGGCUUAAGACUCUGCAUGCAGAAAGUCCAUUCAGAGUACAACCGCCUUUGCUCAAGGUUCCCCACGUUUGCGGUGAAAGUGCUGGACUGUGGUUCUUCGAUUUGUUUCACACAUGGCACAUAGGAUGCGGGAAGGCAUUCUUAGCCAGUUUUCUGGUCCUUUUAGCUGAACAACGGCCAGAGAGCAACAUCGAUUUGAGGAUGGAGGCUUUGGGUCAAGACUACAUUUCCUUUUGCAAAGGCCGUGGCAAGCGGCCGUUCAUGACCAAGCUGAACAAGGAGUCUCUCAACUAUCCUACGACGCAGUGCUUUCCCAAUGGCAGCUGGCACAAGGGGGAGCUCACUACCAUGUUGAUGCAAUAUGUGGAGCAUCGUUUUUCCAAUGAAGAUUGGAGCGACUUCCCGGUGUCAUUGAGACUAUCUGGUGAAGCCGCUGUUGCGGUCAAUGCAUCCAUGCGGGUGCUGUACUCAGGGAAAGCUUGGCUAUCAGUCUCAGAGGCCAGAGAAGCUGCAGAGCAAGGCCUACGUUUCCUUCGACGUUACAGCGAUCUUUGCAAGAUUUCACAUGGAGAAGGGCGUACGCUUUUUGUCCUUCAGCCAAAAUUUCAUGCCUAUCACCAUCUGAUGAUCUAUUUGCUGGAGGGUUCUUCCAGAGGAGCAGUGUUGAAUCCUUUGUGCUAUGCCACGCAGCCUUCAGAAGACUUCGUGGGACGACCUUCACGUCUUAGCAGACGUGUGACCAGUCAACGGUCCACCCUGGUGGCCGUCUGCGCCUCUGCCGCGCCGCUGCCCGCGGCGGCCGACGAUUUGCCGCCGCCGCAGAUGCAGCCCUUUGGGGCGCCACAGAUGCAGCAGCCGGGAGCACCGGCCCGCAUCAGCGGACGCGUCACCUACUCCCGACUGUUGGAAUUCGUGGAUGAAGGGUCUGUGAAGCGCGUGGACUUCUACGAUCUCGGCAAGACGGCCGUGGCCCUGGUGAACGUGGCCGGACGGGAACAGCAACUGGUCUGCGACCUUCCAGGAGCCACCACCGGACUGAUCGAGAAGUUGACUGCAAAGAACAUCUCAAUUGAGGUGCACCAACCCGACAAACCGAACCCCUUUCUGGGUGUCCUGGGUGACAUCGCCUUCCCUUUGCUCGUCAUCGGGGGCUUGCUGUUCCUUCGCUCCCGUGGCGGUGGCGGCGGCGGAAUCCCGGGCUUCGGCAAUCAGGGCAAGGCCAAGAUCAUGAUUCAGCCAGAGACAGGCGUGAAGUUCGAGAACGUGGCGGGCAUCGACGAGGCGAAGGAAGAGCUCAUGGAGAUCGUCGAUUUCUUGAAGGCCCCGGAACGCUUCGUCAAGGUCGGCGCCAAGAUUCCUCGGGGCGUUCUGUUGACCGGACCUCCAGGUACGGGAAAGACCUUGAUGGCCAAGGCCUUGGCGGGCGAGUCCGGUGUGCCGUUUAUCCAGUCUUCUGCCUCGGAGUUCAUCGAGCUGUUUGUGGGUGUUGGUGCCUCCAGGGUCCGUGAUAUCUUCAAGCAGGCCAAGGAGAAAGCUCCCUGCAUCGUCUUCAUCGAUGAGAUUGACGCCAUCGGCCGGCAGCGAGGCGCCGGCAUGGGCGGCGGCAACGAUGAGCGCGAGCAGACCUUGAAUCAGAUCUUGACCGAGAUGGACGGUUUCGAAGGCAAUAGCGGGGUGAUCGUGGUGGCCGCCACCAAUCGUUCCGACAUCUUGGACAGUGCCCUGCUGCGCCCGGGGCGUUUCGAUCGCCGCGUCGCAGUUUCGCUGCCGGAUGUCAAGGGACGGGAACAGAUCCUGCAGGUGCACGUGAAGAACAAGAAGCUGGCGGAGGGCAUUACCCUGACGGACAUCGCCAAGCGCACCGCCGGCUUCAGCGGCGCCGAUCUGGAAAAUUUGAUGAACGAAAGCGCCAUUUUGACGGCGCGCAGGAACAAGAAGGCCAUCACCAUGGACGAGAUCAACGAUGCGACGGACCGAGUGAUUGCCGGCCUGGAGGGAAGGGCCUUGCAGGACAACGCCUCGAAGAAGUUGAUCGCCUACCACGAGGCCGGACAUGCGAUCGUGGGUACCUUGCUGCCAUACCAUGACCCAGUGAACAAGGUCACCUUGGUCCCCCGUGGCCAAGCGAAAGGCUUGACGUGGUUCACCCCUGGAGAGGAUCAGAGUCUCAUCUCUGCCGCCAUGCUGAAGGCGCGCAUCGCCGGGGCCCUGGGCGGCCGGGCAGCGGAGCAGCUGGUCUUCGGUUCAGGGCAGGUGACCACUGGGGCGGGUGGCGAUCUGCAACAGGUAGAGCGAAUGGCACGUUCCAUGGUGACGCAGUUUGGCAUGUCCGAGGUGGGCUCCAUCGCCAUCGACGAUGGAGGCUUUAUGGGGCCCAAUUAUUCCGAGGACCUGAGCAAGAAGAUCGACGAGGCGAUUAAGAGCAUCUCGGAUGAGUGCUAUCUGAUGCUUGGCGCGUUACCGGUGUGCAGGGGUUGCUGGAUCCGGGCCCACAGGGAACGCCCUUACGAUCCUGAUGAAGAAUCGCGCCUGCCUGGACCGCGUGGCAGAUGAGCUCUGCGAGUUUGAAACCAUCACGGGUGAUCGAUUAAAGGAGCUCGUGGCGGAGUAUACAGAGAUCCCCGAGAAGAUGGCCGCGGUUUGAACACAGUGAUCGGCAUAGUUUUCGCCGGGUCGGGUCGAAAAAUGAUAAAAAUGACCUGAAAGCCCCAUGGGCUGUUGAAGGUCCGACACCCAACCCCUUGGAUUAUCUUGGAUUUAUGGAACAGCUUGGGACAUUUGAAAUCUGCUGGUGUCAAACCCUGAACUUUUGGUCUAACUGCUG